GGCUCUGGCUCCUCCCGACCUCCGUCCAGCGAAGACAUGGCAGUGUGGCUGGACACCUUCAAGGACACAGAGGAGAUCAUAGAAGUUGUAACUAACCAGACGGUGGGGCGGCUGCAGUGGCAAGAAGCCCGCGACACGUGCGGCAUUGUUUUGGAUGAUGAGGAACUGUCCGACGCAGUGGACGGCGUGAGGCAGCUAAAGAUGGCUAUAUUCGACCUCAUAGUCAAGAGCGAGUCACUCAGUGAGCACAUCAGAGUGUUUGCAAACCUCAUCAUAUCCAUCAACCAGCAAGCAAGCGUUGUGGAGGACGACAUGGCAGCCGUUGCUUCCAGUCAGCAGAGCCUGGCCGAGGCCAACGAACUGCUCAGCGAUGCAUACUUAACAGAGGAAAAUUACCUGGACUACAUGGUAGGCCAGAACGUGGCUCUUGCCAAGCUCAUGGUUCAGCUCUACCUCAAAAACCGGGUGGACCUCAUGGCCGCCUUCAACGUCCUCGGGGAAUACUGCGACGCCUAUUUCUACACAUUCAUGAAGGAGUGUCCUAUCCACGCGUCCUACUGGGAUGACUACGACACGAUGGUCUACAAGCUCAGGCAGCUGGACGUCUUGGCCCUGGACGCCGUGGGAUCUCUCGACCCUCCGCCUCAGCCGUUCGCAAUGACCUUCAAUGUGUUCGACGAGGGGGGCUGCGAGGACCCCGCUGACCCUCGCUGCCCCGUCACGCAGCUGGCCUACACAGGCAUCGCCCACUUGGCCCUGAGUGACUGGUGGGGUCCUGAGCUCGGCUACACGGACCGCGUUCGCAUAGACAGAAUCCGCCUGUACCUGGAGGGGCUUGAUUUGUCUCAGGUGACCCUCUCCGUCACGCGACCCAUGGCCUUCAACGACACGUGGCACGGGGUCACCCACCACUUCACGGGCCACGUGACCAACUGCCUCAUCAUCUACGAGGACCUGAGCUUCACGGGGCACCAGGACGCCGACUACAUCACCGACUGCAGCACCGACCACCACUACGACCAGUACUACUACCGCAGCACCCCCUACGGCGUCUACAAGGUGGUCUGGUCGGACUUCGUGCCAGGGAACAACUACACGGAGCUGAUGGCCCUGCAGGUGCACGUGGAGGGCAGCUGGAUCCCUCGCCUGUGAUCCCGCGUUCCUGCCGAGACCCGCCCUUCGCUCUCGUGUUCCUUCCAAGGCUUAUCCUUCGCUCCCGGGGGUCGAAGGAGCCUCAGUGUCCCGGCCCCCCGUCCGUGUGCGUCGGGAGGGCUUCUGUCCUGCGGCUCCACGAGUCGGUAUAUUCCAUUUGAUGUAAUAAACAAAGAGACUUG